AUGCAGGUUGUUACCUCCGAUCCUCUAGACUGGACAGUCGAUGAAGUAGUCAGAUUCCUCUGUCACAAUCCCGACCAACCAUGGUCUCGGUCGGCAACCGGUGGCCCUAGGCCUGAUCCCGCUUCCUUCGAAACCGCUCUACGUGAUAAUUUCGUGACGGGUGAGGUGCUUUUGCACGAUGUACAUAAAACAGAACUACGAGAGGACUUGGGUCUGAAGACCCUCGGCCACUUGAGUUCUAUGCUCAGAGCCAUUCGCUAUUUGCAAGAUAACUCCCUCAAAUAUAAGGGCAGCAUGGGGCACCCUCAUUCUCUUGAAGACCGGCAGAAUGACCCGUCCUCAACGCCGUUUUCUCCUAUGGGAGUGGCUCCUCGUUUGCCUUCUACUGUGCACUCCGAGACUGGUCAUACUCCUGGUAGUAUCACUCCGAACCGUGGGGACUCGCGAGCUCACAGUAUGGCGAUGACACCUUCCGCCCUCAUCAAGCCUCAUAGCCGCGAGGCAGCUUUGACCAACUCACCAGCCAAAAACCAAGUCACUAUGCGACCAGAACCCACGCCUGAUACCGUGCCGGAAUCGCGCCAGACUCCUGCCGUUGAGCCGGAUUUGAGUCUGGCAAGACGCAGCGAGGCCUCUAAUCCCGACUUGCCCGCUCAAUCACGUGGGCACAUCACCAUCGAUAGCUCAGGCAAAAAGCGGCUCAAGCUAGAACCUCCAUCUUCGGCUAAGGUUCAGGAUCAUAAGCAGAUUUCCAAGACCGCGGGGGCCCAGCACGGCAAGGUGUGGUACAUGGGACCAGAACGUAUCUCACAUUCUGACGUUUUCUAUUCACCUAACUUGGAUGACAAUGAUCGAUCAUUCACGAUGCUAGGCUCAGAAGUUCCAACGGCAAAGCGCCAUUUUGUGAACAAAAGCCUAAGCUAUUUCUAUAAGCAACAGCCAAUCAAGCUCACCUCAGACGGAAGCGACAAUCACUUCACUAAAUGGGCCAUGGUACCUUACAGCAGCAAAAUGGUUAAUGCAGGCAACCCAAAGCUUUUUACCUUGUAUACAUCUGAUAAGGAAAAUGUUACUGUGAGUAAGGAAUCAAUGCAAAAUUGGCCCCAGUUCAGUACUUUGCAGCCUGGGUCUCACAGUGACUCGACGGACGAUGCGGACCGUCAUGGUCCCUACGCAAGUCUCCUCCAGAGAUACCCGCCUCAAGAGGAUGACCAAGACACUUUACCUCUGUAUGGUGACUCAGGAUCCGAGGGUGAAUACGAUGAAGCGACAUUGCAGGAAAUGAAAGACGAGCAGCAAGAAGCAGUACCGCAUAAAAUGACAGAAAAUGAAAUGCGCAGCAUCAUUGCGGAUUGCAUUUCUGACUACAAAGCAAAGUGGCACCAGAAUGGCCAACAGAAGGAACAAGCAAAAGCCCAGAAAUUAUGGUUAACAGCAAGGAGAACCAAAAGCACCAACCAGAGAAUCAAGGUGCUAAAUCAAGAGACAAUCAUUCUGCAAAAGCGCUUGGAGAAGUUGCAGGAGCACAUCUGUGAUAGCACGUAUUCUGCACGGGCCGAGCUAAUAGACCAAUGCCAAAGCAUGGAACAGACAGUGAUGGAUAUAGAAAAGAGCAAAUGGCGCGCGUCGAUUCUUGAACAGGAAAAUUGCCCCCCAAAGGCAUCUCCCCCCCCUCGGCGCCCAUAUGUUUUUAAACCGCGACGAAAUCUUGAGGACGAGGAAUCUCUUCAGUCCGACUCCGACUACUUGACCGACGACAAUCCGUACGAGUUCAUUGAUGACACAUCUGCCGUGGACGAGGCUUCUCGUGAAGGCGACAUGCCAAUGACUACACCCUCGACAUCGGACAGUGACGACGAUAUCAUUAGCCCUUCGGGGAUCCGUCGAAACUCCAGGAAACUCAGAAGACUUCCUUUUCGCGAAUCCAGUUCUCCUCUCCCUAGCCCAAAACGCGAUAUAACGACUUCGUACAUUGAUCUAACAGCAGAGUCGCCUCCUCCCGAGGACUUCAAGAUCGAAACACCCCCCUUGAACCCCGUUCAACCAGUGGUCUCAAAACCCCUUGAGGACCCUUUCGUCACUACUAGACCGAGCCCUUCGAUUUCCCCGGAGCCUGCACUCGGUCCAAGCCUAAGAGUUGAAAUACCCGUCAAGGCAGUCGGCGGCCCGCCGAGAGACCUCAAGAGCAGGGCGUCACCGCCUCUGCCUACCUUAAACGAUAUUAAAGGGAUCAAACAGAUGCCGUGGGACUUUCUUGAAGAGCGCAAAGACCGUGUCAGACUACUUAUAAAAUUACUAAGCAGUUUGCCUGACGGGGAAAGAGAGAACUUGGUCUCGACCAUCCCAAAAACCAACCAAGCAAAGCUGAGAAAAAACAUCUCGAUCGCUCUGAAAAGAUUUCUGGAGAGCCAAGAAUGCAUGCCUCAUAUGGACGAAUCUGAAAGCAAGAUUAUUAUGCGAACUGCAUCGCUUUACAUAUCUUGGGUAAACUGUACUCAUCUUCAGCGGAAAAAAGGCAUCCCAAAAAAUCUUGUAGAAGACACACAGGAAGAUCUUCAUCAAGGGUUUUCCCAGUUUUUCGAGGAACUUUGCCGGCGUCUUGUCCAGAUUCCUUGGUCCCCACGGCGGCAUUCACCCACCUUUCCCGGAGAUGCCCGUGAAUUUCAGCAUUCAAUGAAACAUAUAAGCGCAGUCGAUCGUUUCGAGCAGCGACAUCCAAAUCAAACGGCGACACCACACAAGAAGAGAAAAAGGGAGAUCAAGGAAAGCCAGACCACCAAAUUGAACCAGCAAAGCGCACAGAUGCGGGUUCAGCUCAACGAGGAGCAAAGAAGGAAAGUUGAGCAAAAGAUGGAAAGCAUGGGCGUAAGCAAUAACGACCCGGCACACCAAGCCGUCAGCUUUAGAGAACCCAUCAUCUACCUGGAUCCGCACAUUGGCAGUCGUGUCAUGCCUCAUCAACUAAGUGGUAUGCAAUUCAUGUGGCGGGAGCUGUUGGGGGAUGAGAAGGGGCAAGGCUGUCUGCUGGCACACACCAUGGGUCUGGGGAAAACGAUGCAAGUCAUAUCUCUUCUGGCAACCAUUUCUGCAACCGCGUCUUCAAAUGACCCCAACGUUCGUGAACAAGUUCCUCCUGAUCUGAGGGAGUCAAAAACCCUCGUUCUCUCCCCAGUCACGUUGAUUGAAAAUUGGUACGAGGAGUUUAUAAUGUGGUGUCCUCCAAAUUCGCCCAUCGGACCGGUGAGAAAGGUCACGAGUUCGAGUGCAUCUCAGGAGAGGCUGCAGACUUUGGUAGACUGGGAUGCCGAGGGCGGAGUACUUAUAAUGGGUUAUGAGCUCUUUCGGUCUUGGGUUAUGAACAAAAAGUCUGCUAAGAGGGAUAAGCCAGCUAUACCCGAUGAGCUUCACCAUAAAGUCCGGACAAUGCUCUUGGAAGGCCCCAAUAUUGUUGUCGCCGACGAAGCCCAUAAGAUGAAAAAUGCGAAUACGGGAAUCGCCCAAGCUACCACGCAAUUCCGCACCAAAAGGCGCAUCGCGCUGACUGGCUCCCCUUUGGCCAACAAUCUGGUUGAUUAUUAUACCAUGGUUAACUGGAUUGCAGAGGGCUAUCUGGGCGAAUUCCUGGAGUUCAAAGCCAACUUUGUGGAGCCUAUAGAAGAAGGCCUCUACGCAGAUAGCACUCGCUGGGAGAGACGAAAAUCCCUCAUCAAACUCAAGGCCCUCAACAACAAUCUUGAACCCAAACUCAAUCGCGCAGAUAUCACUGUUCUCGAAGGAAGUCUGCCCCCAAAAACGGAAUUUGUCCUUACCAUUCCUCUGACUCCACUCCAGAAGGCUGCAUAUGAUCUGUAUGUCGUGAGCACUCUUGCGGGGAGGGCAGAUGAGUGCGUUCAAAGCACGAAACUUUGGUCUUGGCUUGCAGUCUUGAGUUUGUGCAACAACCACCCGGCAUGCUUCAGACAAAGGCUACUUGACCGGGCCGGUGAUGCUCAAAAGCCAGAUAAGAAAUUAGAGGAGCCCGAAGGAUCUCCGGAAGCUGAACAAAUCCCUGAAGCUCCCCUUCCUGACGCAGACAACCUGAUGUCUAAACAAAAGAUGCUGUUUGCUGCCGUUUCGGACAUGAACGCUCUGGAGCUAUCAUAUCGGGCGCAGAUCUUGGACAGGAUAAUCACCGAGUCAAUCAACGCUGGCGACAAGUUACUUAUCUUCUCCCAAAGCAUACCAACGCUCGAUUACAUCGAGCGCAUGUUGAAGAUGGCCGGACGAAAAUACCGUCGCCUAGAUGGACAGACACCCAUUCAAAGCCGCCAAGAUGCAACCAAAAAGUUCAAUCACAGCUCAGAUGAACAUGUCUACUUAAUCUCCACACGCGCGGGAGGAUUAGGUCUCAACAUUCCCGGCGCAAACCGUGUUGUGAUAUUUGAUUUCGGAUUCAGCCCGAUGUGGGAGCAGCAGGCCGUUGGUCGUGUUUAUCGCCUUGGCCAGAAAAAGCCGGUCUUCAUAUACCGCUUCAUCGCCGGUGGCACUUUUGAGGAACUGAUAUACAACAGGGCAAUGUUCAAGACGCAGCUUGCGUUCCGCGUUGUUGAUAAGAAAAACCCUGUCCGUGCAGCGACCAAGCCCUUGAAAAAUUAUCUUUUCCCAGCCAAGCCAGUUCCCGAGACCGAUACCAGCGAAUUUCUCGGCAAAGACCCUCAGGUUCUAGACAAAAUCUUGAACGAUAAAGAUACUUACCCGAUCCGCAAGAUUACUCUGACAAAGACCCUCGAAAGAGAUGACAAUGACAAGUUGUCAUUAGAGGAGGAACAACGUGUCCAGGAAGAAAUCAGCGACAUGACUCUCAGACGUACCAACCCCGCCGCAUACCAGAGUUUAAUGGAGCAAAGGCGAAGGGCAGCUCUGGCUGCGGCCAGAGCCGAUGCAGCUGGGAGUUAUUCCAUGCCUUACAUACAACCCAACAUGCCGUCCGCAUCCAUCCCCUACAAUUCGCCUUUCAAUCCCCCCAACUUUGUUCAAUAUCAACCACAACAGCAGCAGCCGCAGCAUGAGCAGGGGCAGUAUGAGCAGGGACAGUAUCUGCCGCAAUAUCAGCAGCAGCAGCCGUUGCCUCUGCCCGCUCCACCUGUUGUCCCUUCCAAUGCACAUAACGACGGUCCUCCUCCUUUGGCGCCCGAUAUGAUUACUUACGAGUGA